GCGCGUAACGCGAAUUAAUAACCUAGUUUUAUAAUAAAAAAUGCAAUCAUUUAUAGUGAAAAGAUGCAACCACGUGGUUACAACUGAAUUUGCAUCAAUAAAAAAUGAUAGUAAUAAAUAAAAUUAAUGUUACAACACAUAUGAUUUUUCGUAAUGCACUUAUAAUGAAAAUAAGCAACCAUAAAUUUUGAAACAACGCAACUUUUAAAAAUGCAAGUGGUAUUAUUCAGAUUGUUAUUAUAGAUAGAUAUUACAUGAGUCUCUUUAGCAAUGGAGAUGUUCUAACGAAAUAAACUAAAGUCUAACAGACGAAGAAAGAAAGAGAGAGAGAGAGAGAGAGAGAGAGAGAGAGAGAGAGAGAGAGAGAGAGAGAGAGAGAGAGAGAUGGAGAAGAUUGUUGAGGUAGCUUAUGCCGCAUCGGUGAAGACAGCUUUGACGUUGCUGGAGAAGAAUCUGUUGCCGGAUGUUGUCAUAAGGCGGCUGACGCGACUGCUUCUCGCCAGUAGACUCCGGUCCGGUUACAAACCCACGGCGGAGCUGCAACUGUCCGAUAUCCUCCGUUUUGUCAACUCUAUAAAGGAGAUGCCUAUAGCUAUCAAUACCGAGAUGCCAAAGACUCAACACUAUGAGUUACCAACGGCUUUCUUCGAACUUGUUCUUGGAAGAAACAUGAAAUACAGCUCCUGUUAUUUCUCAAACGAUUCCAGUAACUUGGAAGAUGCAGAGGAAGCAAUGUUGGCUCUAUACUGUGAAAGAGCUAAAGUGGAAGAUGGACACAUUGUUCUUGAUGUCGGAUGUGGCUGGGGGUCUUUGUCUUUGUACAUUGCCCGCAAGUUUAGCAAUUGCAAGUUAACCGGUCUCUGCAACUCGAAAACACAGAAAGCUUUCAUUGAUGAGCAAUGCCGGAAACUCGGGAUUAAAAAUAUCAAAAUAAUUGUUGGAGAUAUUAGCACUUUUGAGGAUGAAGGGACAUACGAUCGAGUAUUCUCCAUCGGAAUGUUUGAGCAUAUGAAAAACUAUGGAAAGCUUCUGAAGAAAAUAGGAAGUUGGAUGAAAGAAGAUAGUCUUCUGUUUGUUCACUAUUUCUGCCAUAAAACAUUUGCUUACCACUUUGAGGAUGUGAAUGACGAUGACUGGAUCACAAGACACUUCUUCAGCGGAGGAAUAAUGCCAUCUGCGAAUCUCCUCCUCUAUUUCCAAGAAAAUGUUUCGAUUGUGGAUCAUUGGCUCCAAAACGGGAAGCAUUAUGCAAAUACCAGUGAAGAGUGGCUCAAACAAAUGGAUAAGGAGAUAGUUGCAGUAAAGGAGAUAAUGGAAAUUACUUAUGGGAAAGAGGAAGCAGUGAAGUGGAUGGUCUACUGGAGAACCUUCUUCAUCGCUGUUGCUGAGCUUUUUGGAUAUAACAAUGGAGAAGAGUGGAUGGUUGCACACUUCAUUUUCAAGAAGAAAUGAUCGAGAUGAGUAUUAUUUUUUCUUCUCUGAAUGAUCAAUCAGUUUGUGGUUUAUUUUUCAACUUGUUUGGGCCAAAUAAAGAACAGUACAACAUUCUCCUUCGACGUUGAUUGCCUUCCUAUGUAAUUGAUUCCAGAUUCCUAUGGUUUCCUAUAAAAAAAGUUGCUCAAUGGAUAUAUCAAUCUGUUACAAA